UAAGUGUCUGUCCCAUUUUAACAGGGUUAUUAUACUAACUGACGGGGCGUUGAAGAAAAAGGUUAUAACAACGCUUAAAACAGAGCAUAAUUGUUUCAAUUCAUAGAGUUAUUGUAAAAAUAAGUAUGUGGACUGUAGUUGUAUUACUUUUCCUAGCAGAUAAGGCUUUUGCAAGCAGAGGUUUAGACGUGGACUGUGAGCAAAGUGCUUACAAGGUUUGCAAUCCUGAAAUGACAAGAGUCGAGUUUCCUGGAAGUGAAGAUGACUUAAACGCCGCCUGCCCAAUUUUGAUUAGGCGUAUUAAAUGUUUUAAUAACUAUGAUGAAGCAUGUGCUACUAAAGAAGAAGAUUUCAGAGAGUUCAAGCCAGGGCAAUAUGCAAAGAUUCAGGAUUUACUAGAAGAUAUAUGCAACAACAAUUCACUCUUGCAUAGAGUUUUAUCAGAAAACAUGGGAUGCUUAAAAGAAAGCGUUGAAAAUGCUGAUGAUGUAUGUACACCACAAUAUUCUUUACUUCGCAAGACCUACAUGGCUCAGAAAGAUAUUGAUUAUGAGUCCGAACCGUUCGACGAAAUAGUAAAACUCCAGUGCUUACUUGCCUAUAAUAUGCUGUCAUGCGUUAUUGGAGAUAUAUCGCGGAGAUGUGGUGACGUAACGAAAUUGGCAGUUCAAGAAGUCACGUUUAGAACCGGUCUUUUGCAGUCAGAACGAUGUCCACCAGAAAAUACCUCAGACAUGGUCGACCUAGUGAAUGAACUUGAACUCCCUGCUGGGCAGAAACAACAGAUCCUGGACUUCAUUUCGAGUUUUAAUGCUUGGUCUUCAGAAAGAAAAUGAAUGGCGGUUUUCCCCUCAUUCAUCUUUUUAUGUGAAAGUUAAAUUAGAGUAAUAGAAACAAUACAAUUCUGUUUUCAAAGAAUUUGUUUAAGAAAAAAUAUGUCCUAUGCAUCUAUGUUUUUUGCUAUUAAAUUCAUUGAAAAUCACCGAUAAAUAAAUAUCAUUAAAAAUGA